UAUUUUCGCGUGCGUGUGUAUGUGGUUAGUUUUCGGCUUUUGGAGUAGCCCAAGGUUGCGCCAAUAUGGCUUGCGCAAUUCCGCUGUUGGCGGUGGCCCGAACGUGGUAUUUGGCCAGAAAACUCGGAGGUAGCUCAGAUUCUUGCCCAAGAAUGUGGCGGUCGUUGGCUGUGGAAAAGUGUUUUGGCCAAUGCCAGGCGAAAAAAGUUUGUGGGACUCUAGAGCGGAAAACGCAAGGCGGCAUGACGAAAACUAUGGAAAUCUCAAGUCAUGAUUCGACUACCGUCAGGGGAUUACUGGAAGGCGAGCCUCUCUUUCGACAGCCGACUGUCUUCUCCCCCUGGAAGGCCGUCUACCUGAGAUACCUGUGCGCUCCAGAGAGCCGAAACUGUUUCGAAAUCGAGUCAAAUGGAGUGAGAGGCGUUCCAAGAAGACCGAUACGAACAAUACGGGAGAAGGAAUAAAUACAUACAUACAACUAUUAAACAAAAUAUUAAAAGAUACUAUUUAAUAAAAAUAAUUUUACGAUCUUGAAUAAAUAUAUACUCUUUUAAGGUUCUCUACCGCUUACAUCGGCUAAAAUUAGCAAUAGAGAAAUUUAAAUAUUAAAAACUCUUUAGAAAAUACUAGAAAAAAACAGGAAUUCUUGAGCAAAGGCUAUCUUCUCCAAGGACAGUCUUCUAUUAAUCUACUUAAUCUGAAACCGGAAUCCUCUUUAUUAACUAUUUAAAGGGGGCCAUUGCAAG